AUGGCAAUAGUAUUCCUUGUCAAUGUUGAUGCCUUCCCAAAUGUCGAUGAAUGUGUGGUGGUGAAUGGAGGCUGCCAGCAGUGCCAUAUUAACACUCUGGGCACCUUCCACUGUGAAUGUGAUACGGGAUACAGACUCCAUGCUGAUGAACGCACCUGCAUAAGGUUUGAAUUGGAAAUUGUCAAUAACUGUGAAGAGAAUAAUCAUGGUUGUUCCCAUCAUUGUGAACAUGUACUUGGUGGGCGGCGGGGGGGGGGGGGGGGGUGGCAUUGUUCCUGCAACCGACACCAGCUUGAUUCAGAUGAGAAAACAUGCAUAGACCUUGAUGAAUGUGAGAGUGGAGAAGUCCGCUGUGCCCAACUACGCAUCAACUAUUUAGGAAACUACAAAUGUCGAUGUCAGGAAGGCUUUAUCAGUUCUGAUGGUGAUGGAUGUGAUGCCUUAGAUGAUGGUGAGCUGGAGGAAGAAGAAUUAGAAGUUGUAAGGUUUCCAGGCCUUCUAUUCAAGAGCCCACCUCAACUGCUUCAUGAUGUCGCUACCUCUCUGUCUCCCACCACGAAGAUGAAGAAGAUGAGGAGGAUGAGGAAACACAUAUUUGAGGAGAACUGA